CCCUCCUAAUUAACACAAUUUAUUAGAUUAUGCACUUGAAUUAUCAAAAACCAGAAGGAAUAACAAAAAAAAAAAAAAGGCUUGGCAGUGCCUGUCACACUGCAUUUCCAUUCAAUACCUUCAUUUACUUCUUCACCUACUCGCCUAAUACUGCACCAUCUUUCUAUAAAUUUUUGUUUUGCUGGUUCUGCUGUCAUAACACACUGCCCUCGUUAUUCUUGACCGGUUCAUUGCAAUGGCGAGGUGGCCGGUGCUGCUGCUUCUGGUGGUCGUGCUGCUUUUAGUGUCGUCGCCAGCGGGGACGGUGGCGGUGCGGCAAGUGCCGUGCUACUUCAUCUUCGGCGACUCUCUGGUGGACAACGGCAACAACAACGGCAUGGCGACGCUGGCUAUCGCCAACUACCUGCCCUACGGCAUCGAUUUCCCCGGCGGCGGACCCAGCGGCCGCUUCAGUAACGGCUUGACCACCGUCGACGUUAUUGCUUCUCUGUUGGGGUUUGAUGACUUCAUUCCUGCUUAUGCCGACGCAAGCGGCCAAGCCCUGCUCGCCGGCGUCAAUUUUGCCUCCGCCGCCGCCGGAAUCAGGGAGGAAACUGGCCGGCAACUGGGAGGUAGAAUUCCCUUCAGCGGGCAGCUGCAGAACUACCAGCAGGCGGUGGAGCAGAUGGUGAACCUGCUCGGCGACGAACACUCCGCCGCAACUCACCUCAGUAAAUGCAUCUUCACCGUCGGCAUGGGCAGCAAUGACUACCUCAACAACUACUUCAUGCCCGCGUUCUACUCCACCGGCCAAGAGUUCUCGCCGGAGGAGUUCGCCGACGACCUCGUCCGCCAAUACACUCAGCAGCUCAAAACUCUGUACGACUACGGGGCGAGGAAGGUGGCGCUGAUCGGGCUGGGACGGAUCGGGUGCAGCCCCAACGAGCUGGCCCGCGGCAGCACCAACGGCGUCGCUUGCAUCGACCAGAUUGACGGCGCCGUGCGGCUCUUCAACGCCAAGCUCGUCGGCCUGGUCGACCAGUUCAAUACCUUGGACGGCGCGCACUUCACGUACAUCAACGCCUUCGGCAUCUUCGACGACGUCCUGAGGAACUCCUCCACUUACGGAUUGAGGGUGACGAACAGGGGAUGCUGCGGGGUGGGGAGGAACAAUGGGCAGAUCACCUGCUUGCCGUACCAGGCGCCGUGCACCAACCGGCACGAGUAUCUCUUCUGGGACGCGUUCCAUCCGUCGGAGGCGGCCAACAUUAUCUUUGCCCGGAGGAACUACCGAGCUCAGUCACCGGCGGACUGCUACCCCAUGGACAUUAGCACCCUUGCAAGGAUAUGAUGGAGUAGUAAUGGCUUUGUGUGGAAUUAACUCGGAGUUAGUGUGCUAAUGUCUAUGUUUAGUGAGACUUUGAUGAUUAGUUUAUGAGCUUAAUUUUA